AUGCUUGGAGAAGUGGAGAAUGCCCCGCGAGAAUGAGAUCCAAGAUGGCCGCAAAGCGUUGCUGGCAACCACUUUUCUCUCAGAUUUGUCAUUUCUUCUAAAAAAAAGGCUUGAUUUUGCCUCAAUUUGAUCGAAUUUCGAAGUACUGCAGCACCUAGUUACAAAGAGCUAUACAUAUCGUUCUGAAUAAAGUAGUUUGUAACCAUGGCUGCCCGACUGAAGUUUGCCAGUGAUAUGGACAAGUCUGUCCUGCUGAAUAAUUUCGAGAAGAGGGGCUGGAUAAAUGUAUCUGCUGAUGAAGAUUGGAAUUUCUAUUGGGCAAGUGUUGGAACGAUUCGAAGCAUUUUUAGUGUGGAGACUGGUUACAGGCUCUGUGAUGAUCAAGUGAUAAAUCAUUUUCCGAAUCAUUAUGAGUUGACAAGGAAAGAUCUGAUGGUGAAAAACAUCAAGAGAUACAGGAAAGAUCUGGAAAAAGAGGGAAAUCCACUUGCUGAGAAGGAUGGGACGGGUAGUUACAUACAUUUAGACUUCAUACCAGUGACAUUUAUGCUGCCAGCAGAUUAUAAUCUGUUUGUUGAGGAAUUCAGAAAGAAUCCCUCAUCCACAUGGAUUAUGAAGCCGUCUGGAAAAGCCUGUGGUGUUGGGAUCUUCCUCAUCAACAGAUUGUCCCAGCUGAAAAAAUGGUCAAGGGAUAGUAAAACUAACACCUUCACUGCCCCGUCUUCCAAAGAAUCUUAUGUGAUAUCGCGCUAUAUUGACAACCCGAUGCUGAUUGGAGGCAAGAAGUUUGAUCUACGACUGUACGUCCUCGUCACAUCAUUCCGUCCACUCAAGUGUUACAUGUACAAACUUGGUUUCUGCAGAUUCUGUACUGUGAAGUAUAAUGCAAAUGUAAAUGAAUUAGACAACAUGUUUGUUCAUCUCACGAAUGUGUCCAUUCAAAAACAUGGGAGAGAGUACAAUUAUAUGCACGGUGGCAAGUGGACCACUGAGAAUUUGAGGAUGUUUAUUGCCGGUACACAUGGUAAAGAAGUAGCAGACAAGCUGUACGAUGACAUACACUGGCAGAUUGUUCAUUCUCUCAAAGCUGUGUCGGGUGUGAUGGCCAACGACCGGCAUUGUUAUGAAGUUUACGGCUAUGAUAUCAUCAUAGACGACACUCUCAAACCCUGGCUCAUUGAGGUGAAUGCAUCUCCAUCCUUGAGUGCAACAACCUCUAGUGAUCGUAUCAUGAAGUACAAAUUAAUAUCAGACGUCAUCAAUAUUGUUAUUCCACCUGGAGAUUUACCUGAUGUCAGAUGGAGUAAAGUUCCAGCAAAGAAAAACAUGGGAUAUUUUGAUGUCUUAUAUGAUGAGGACCUUGCUCAGUCUGAUUUGUUGAAUAUGGAGAUGAAGCCAAGGCUGGGACAGGCAGCUACGAUGGGUCGAGGAGGUCGCGACAUGAGGCCUGGGAGAGCAGGAGGAGGGGCUCCAACUUGGAAAUAGUUGUAAGAUGGACAUGGGACUAAGUCUGAGAAAGUAUCUGCCAGGGAUUCUAAAAUGGUAGUGUUAUGCCAUACUGGUACAUCCAGUGAUGCAAUUCUGCAUUUCCCCUGGAUUCGAAGAGGGCGUUUAGACUGUUGAUGAUUGGGAAGGUCAACCAAUACAAAGACUGAGGGUGUGUGACCAUACUAUCUAUACACAGAGGAUUUCUGUCAAAUUAUGUGCAAAGCUCACAUACAUGUACACCUAGGACUCUUUUUGAUACAAAUGUAACUUACUUUGCAAGAGUGUUAAGCACAGAGAGAAAUUUAAGAAUUCCGUCCAUUUUCAACACUCCAUGCAAGGAUGUUUGGCUAUCAAUACUUGUGUAAUGUAUGAUUAUUCAAGUUUGUGAGUGCUGUUUAUGGGAUCAGCACAAUCCAAUGAACAAUAAACCAGAAAUUAUGAAAAAUUCAAUUUUCAGCUAAGUGCCCAGUGAGGUAAAUAUGAAUAUUGAGUACACUGGGAGGUCUAUGUUGGUUGUGACAUAGUUGCACCAUCCUAGUUGUGACAACACUUCCCCCUAUAUUCCCCUGGCAUCUUAUUGUUGCGAUGGAAGCCAGUUUGCCAUCGGCUUUCACAUCGGGUGUGGCAUCAGUCUCAGAAUGGAGAUUUUCAUGAUGGUGUCUGCUUCUAUGGUAUUUUGAGGUAGAGUGGUAGAACCACACUGAGAUGGAUUAUGUCUGGGAUGUAUCCUGAGAGAAGGUAGACUUACUGCCAGGUCUUAAAAAUAAACAACAACAAGAGACAUCAGGUGUAUUCCAUGAAAAUAA